CCAUCUCAUUUCCUCUUAGCUAAACUGAUGGCACAGUGGAAACAAAACAUGUAGUGUAUUUGUUUUUAGUUUAAACUUUAGGAUAAAUAUUAAAUCAAGGAUUAUCAUGACAAGUGUAGUUUGGGUCUUUCUGGCUCGUAAAACAAAGAAGCAUUUCUCAUUUCCUCACUUUAUAGACUUAUGAAAAAAGAAACAUUUCUUUAAAGCUAUAGGAGGGCAAAGCCAAACCACAGUGUCUCACAGAAUCAGGAAGGAGGCGUGUCUAACGAGAUGUGACUAUGACGUUUGACUAUGAUCGAAGUGUCAAUCACCAAGAGAAACAAUGGAACCAAUGACUCUGCUGUGGCUGCUCUUUGUGACCUUAUUACUGACCUGCACAACAAACCAAGCUCAUCUGACUGUGAGCCCCAACCGAUCUCAGUUCUUCGAAGGUGACUUUGUAUCUCUGAGCUGUGAGGAGGACGACAGCUCUACGAGAUGGAAUCUGACAAGAAACACAAGAAAACAACAGAGGACUCAGUGUGGAGUUCGGUGGGGAAUAGCAGCUCAUUCCUCCUGUAACAUCAGUUAUGUCUUUCCACUGGACAGUGGAGUUUACUGGUGUGAGUCCAGAGAGAGUCCCAUCAGUAACAUGGUUAACCUGACAGUCACUGGUGGAUCAGUGAUCCUGCAGAGUCCUGUCCUCCCUGUGAUGGAGGGAGAUGACGUCACUCUGCUCUGUAAAACAAAGACCACUCCCUCCAACCUCCCAGCUGCUUUCUUCAAAGAUGGCGUCUUCAUUGGGAAAGAGCCUACAGGUCACAUGACCAUCCAGCAUGUUUCCAGGUCUGAUGAAGGCCUCUACAAGUGUGACAUCAGCGGUCAUGGAGAGUCUCCAUCCAGCUGGAUCACUGUCACAGGUAGACCUCCAAUCAAAGCUCCACUUCCUGCCUUAAAACCACCCAUCUCUUCCUUGAGCACAGUUUCAGUCCAGCCCACAUCUGGAGCUCCGCCCUCUGCCUCAACACACCCACUGACCCUGCUCCGCUACCUGCUGGUGUUCUGUCCAUACUUCAUCUCCACUCUCCUCAUGGUGUCUUUAUAUUUAUCCAGAGCCAAUAAUCAAUAAUCAAUGACCUAAUAACCUACUGAUUGGCAGCUGUUAACUGUUUAAUUCUUUAAAUAGAAUAAAUCAAACUUUCAUUUCUGGACUCCAUGAAAUGCCUCCUGUGACAGUGAUGAUCCCGCCUACACAGGCUUAACAGGGACUGGACCAGGAGAUUGAUGAUGUCACAAAGACAGAGGCAGUGUCAUGCCUCAUUUUUACUCUGUUGCUUUUGUUGAAAUACUUCCAGAGCAGGUUCACACAAGUUUGACUGUAGAUUUAUUUAUUCUCACUGGUCUGCUCAUCUCUGAUUAACACAGUAGAAGCAUGGAAGUCACAAAGUACUAUAUGACCUAUUAACACACUCUUAGUAUCAAACUCACCCUGAAUAAUGAUGCAGAUACUCUUUAAGGUUUGCUUUAAUGUUUAAGUGCUGUGCUAUCUGAUUGGUCUUCUGAUCUGGAAAGGCUCAUGCAUCUUUGUUUGAUUUUAAUUGGACUAUUGUUACACACUGUAUACCAGAGUUACUCAUUAAUCCUUUAUCCAUUUGCAUUGACUGAGAGAUCACAUUAGUACAGUGUCAGCAGGCUUGCACUAGCUCCCUGUGAAUGAUAGAAUUCAGUAUUAAGACGCUGUUUGUGUUUAAAGCCUAAAUGGUGUCAAACCUGCAUAUGUGGUAGAAAUAGUGUGUCUGUAUUUUCCCUCCAGAUCAUUAAGGCCUUCUUAAUCACUUGUGAUCAUCCUGCAGUUUAAGCUCAUUUCA